ACAACAAACGGUGACAGAAGACACUCAGAGAAUACUGAAAAUGAAGGUCUUUGUGCUCCUCGCUUUUGUCGCAUUCACUGGCUGCAACGCAGAAGCACCUCAUCUACAGCUUGAUCAGCUGACGGAUUCAUUCUGGAAUUAUGUUGCCCAGGCAACCCAGACCGCAGAGGACACCAUGCAGAUGAUCAGAACAUCUGAAUUUGGGCAGGAAGUGAACACUAGACUCACAGAGAGUGCAGAUGUUGCCAGCAAGUACGCAGUCACCCUCCAAAGCCAGAUGACCCCUCUGGCUCAAGACGUUAUGGCAAAGAUCACCAACGAGGCUGAGGUGCUCAAGGAGCGUCUGACACAGGACCUUGCCACCGUUCAGGGGAAGCUGGAGCCUUAUGCUGAUGACAUGAGAGUCCAGGUUCUGCAGAGGGUGGAGGAUCUGAAGGUUGCCGUGGCUCCCUUUGCUGAGUCCCUGGACUCUGAGUCCCUGAAGACCACCCUGCUCCAGAAGAGUGAGGAGCUGAAGGGAAGUCUGGAGAAGAGCGUGCAGGAGCUGCAGUCCCAGCUGGGCCCCUACACCGAGGAGCUCAGGCAAAAGGUGGACCAGCACCUGCAGGAGUUCCAGGCCAGUGUGGCCCCCUUGGCUGCUGACCUCCAGACUCAGCUGGCCCAGAGAACCAAGAUGGUCCAGCAAAGUCUGGCACCCUACGCUGAAGACCUGAAGGACAAACUGGACCCCUACGCCCAGGACCUCAGAGCGCAGCUCACCUCCCUGUAUGAGAGUUUCUCCAAGUCGAGCUGAAUGUAAUUUCAUGACGGAAUUGUAAAGGCAUGU